GCCCCUCAUAAGACCUCAGCACGACACUCGUCAGCAGGUGAGACGCCUCUAGAUUUGCCGAUAACCUCGGCAACUGAGGCAGUCGAGGUCGAUGAACGGACAGAAGAUACACUAAGCAUUAUGCGUAGAAGGCGAGCACGCUUUUUACACCUUUUCUGGCGGGUCGCUUAUGGUCUUCGGACUCCCUCUACAACUGCAUCCCUCGCUCCUAAUGACACCAGAUGUAGCUUUGGACGCGCAGUCGAGAGCCAGAACCGAUCUUUUCGACUAAGAAGAACAAAGCGCUCUCGAAAGUGGUUGUGCCGACAUUCGCCCACAGAACCUUCAUCUCGUCAUCGCCACUCUAAUGGUGAACACUUUUCGAUGCCUAUUGAAUCAAAUUUUCCCUUCAUAUCUCUUAUCCUCAUCAACUGCCUUAUUCAUUCCUGCGUCCUCAAUCACCUCACACUCAGCUACCUCGACAGCACGUCCCUCGUUCCGUCACUGCAAAUCCUCGGCACCAUCAUCGUUCAAUCGCUUCCCAACAUCAUAAUCAUCACUCUCGUCCUCACCAUACUUCUUGGCGACGUGCAAGUGCCGAUCGGUAUACAAAACUCGGCGAUCCUUCGAGUCGACAUGUCUUAUCUUCUUCGGUUUACUGUCCCUUGGCCGUCUGCAAUGCUCGGUAGGUUUGCUCGAUUCUCCAACCGACUCAUCUCAGGGGCCUUUAUUUUCUUCACUUUUUAG